GCAACACAAAUUGAGACCUUGUAACAAAUGGGAAAAUACAUACCGAUUCCGGUGCUUUUCACGCUGCCGGAAUGUGCACAUAAUACGCACAAUAGGCCCCUUGUGCUCAAGUUAAAGUCAGUAAUGGGCCUAACACUUUGAACAUGUUAAAUUGGGGGAGGGACAAAAGUCUUUUCAGACGGGAGUCUGGACACUACAGCGGCAGAGAAUAUAACUUCCCCUCUUUGUGCCCCCCCCCGCCUCCGCCCCACCCAACCUCCGCCCCCAUCCGGGCACUUUACAGUGCUAAACUUCUGGGAAGAGCGCACCGAGGUAACGCCGAGGAUCCUCGCGACUAUGUAACGCAUUGUGAGUGAACUCCCUUCCAAAUACCAACCUUUCCUUUCCCUUCCCGGCGAGGUGGCCCACUGUUCAUCUGCCGCCAUGGCCCUCACUGAGCGCGCUUUACGCGCGGCCGCUUUGGCGCUGGUGCUUUGCGCGCAGGCCGCUUUCGGCUUCUCGGUCGCCGGACAGCAGGAAAGCACCUGCGACGCCAACGGCAGCGUGUACUUCGUGGGGGAAUGGUAUUUUCUGGACUCCGACCACUGCACCCAGUGCGAAUGCACCGCCGAGGGCUCCGCGUGCUCCCGCACGGAGUGCACCUCUCUGCCGGCGGCGUGCAUCCACGUGAGCCACUACCCCACCGACUGCUGCCCCCGGUGCGAAAAGAUCGGCUGUGAGUACCGAGGAGUGGUGUAUGAGCUGGAGCAAAACUUCCAGCCUUCAGAAUGCGAGCAGUGUACUUGUGACAGUGACGGCAUCGCCCGCUGCCUGGUGGCAGAUUGCGCCCCUCCACCUUGCGUCAACCCCGCCUACCAGCCUGGGAAAUGCUGCCCUGAAUGCGGGGACGGUCCCAACUGCUACGCGGAUGCGUCACGCGGCCGGGUGAUCCCCGCGGGGGGGCCCGUCUGGGUCGACUCCUGCACCAAGUGCCGCUGUCACGACGGUCAGGACGCCGGCUACUGGGAGGGGAACCGCGUCGCCACCUGUUCCCGCCUCAAGAGCUGCGCUCCGGAAGCGGCCUCCGCCGAGACCAACUGAGAAGCAGAGCCCUCACUCCACCCCUCCUCCCCGUGGCCCAUCAAGUACACUCCUUCCAUCUCCAAAGAACACGCCGAACCCUGCUGAGAGGGGACGAUGUGCGACUUCAAAAUGCAUGUCUUUUGGCAAGAGAACUGAGCACGAACCAGGCAGCCAUUCCACAAGGGAUUUUUUUUUCUUUUUCAAAGGCUUCUGUGAUAUUAGUGAGACUUUGGUGCACACUAAUAGGCCUGGAUAUUACAAAAACACGGUCUAAAUCCACAGCGACGUUACGGGCCGGUCAGGUGGGACUCCUUUGGGGAUUUUUACUUUCUAAUCCCCUCAAAGAGUUUUAGUUUUUAAAGCUUAUUUUAGAUAAGCAAUUUGAAUGUUAAUCUCUAAUGUUUUUUGGGGUCGUCGUGUACACACAGCCCCUGAAUCCAUAAAAUCUUAAUUGAUUUAGUUUAUUUUCCGGCCCGUGGCGCCUAUUGCCACAUGUUAUUUUAUGUUUGAUCAAAUUAUCACUAGCUAACGUGACACCUGGUGGCCGGGUGCCUGGUGCUGUUUGUGGGAAGAGCAACACCAACUGAUACUUAAAUUCGCCCUCACUUAAAGAAGACUGGAUACGACGCUAUAAGAAGAGGAAUCGGAGUCCUUGAAAACCACUGAAAACGGUGGUUAUGAAGUCAAAUGUAUUACAACGGUCUGUCUUUAAAAUGUGGACUGUGUGAUGUAAAUAUAAGAUGUUUGAUUUACAGGGUGUCAAUCAUCAAGUGUAACGUCUGCACUCCUACUGAACACAUAAUAAUAAUAACUCCUGUAAAUUCUACACUAAUCGAAAUAUAACUAAUGACACUAUGGUUCAACUGUACUGUAGUUGCAGGCAAGAGCGAAGGUUAUUUUCUUCUUGAGCAUAACUGUUUUUCUCUAGAAACAAUGUGUAGCUUUUCUUAGAAACCGCCUUCCAUCGUUGUCAAUGGGUCUAUUUGUAAUGAAAAAUAAGUGCAUUGUAAUUUUCUAUACGUUUAUCAGAAAAAGAGCUUUGUCCUCUUUUUGUUUUUCAUUAUUUACCACUUUAAUCAUGAGGGACUUUUGGAUGAAAACCCCAAAUAAUCUGCACACAUGUAGUGGCGAAAAAAAAGCCCAAGAUGUCAAACUAUUCUUUUCAAGUGAAGUUGAAUUUUCCUUCCAAUCAUGAAAAGGAACCGAUAUGAAAAACCCUCAUAAAUCCCCCGCUGUGUAACGCUGGUAGUGUGCCCCGGCGUCUUUUAACAUAUCCCAAAUUAAAACGUUAAGCAUC